AUGAUAGUUCAAAUACAGGCCAGGCAAGAAGAGGAUAUGCAGAGAGCUUCUGUUGCUCUGGAGCAGACUCCUCUUGCUGUGGCCUUUGUGGGACAGCCGGCCGUGAGGGCUGCGCCCUCGGUGCCCGCGGGGCGGAGGCUGCGGGCGCGGUGGCGGUGCCGGGAGCGGCGGGGCCGGGCCGGGCCGGGCGGCGGCGCGGAGCAUCCCCGCGGCCGGGGCGGCAUGGCAGCUGCCGGGGAGGUGGAGCCAGCCGCUGACCUGCCGGCAUCGCAGCACGGUAGGGCCGGAGGAAGGCGGGGGAGGCCAGGUGCGCAGAGCUGCCUCCGCCGGCGGCGGGCGGUGCGUGAGGAGCUCGGCCGGGCGCUGCCGCCAUGGAACACAUCCGGAUGCCCAAGGCACUGGCCGUGAGCCGCAGGUAUCCGGAAUGGGAGUGUGUUACCUGCUUUUCAGACGCCUUUCGUUUGCCCCAAGAUUUCAGACUUGGUGGAAAAUGUUAGGUUACUUGAUCGUUUAUCUUCAAGAAGAGCUGUGGUGGGAACGUUAUAUUUAACAGCUACCCAUGUCAUAUUUGUGGAGAAUGGUUCUGAAACUCGCAAAGAAACCUGGGUUCUCCACAGUCAAAUUGCCUCUAUUGAGAAGCAAGCCACCACUGCCACUGGUUGCCCGUUACUGAUCCGCUGCAAGAACUUCCAGGUCAUCCAUCUGGUGAUCCCUCAGGAACGAGACUGCCAUGACGUUUACAUAUCUCUGAUACGUCUGGCUCGACCAGUGAAAUAUGAAGAACUGUAUUGCUUCUCCUUCAAUCCAAAAUUAGACAAAGAAGAACGAGAACAAGGGUGGAAGCUUGUGGACCUCAAUGAAGAAUAUAAUCGGAUGGGUGUUCCAAACAACUAUUGGCAGAUUAGUGAUGUAAACAGAGACUAUGGAGUCUGUGACUCCUAUCCUACAGAAGUCUAUGUACCAAAGUCUGCAACUGCACACAUCAUAGUGGGGAGCUCUAAAUUUCGCAGCCGAAGGCGUUUCCCAGCUCUUUCCUACUACUGCAAGGGUAACAAUGCCUCCAUAUGUAGAAGCAGCCAACCUUUAUCUGGCUUUAGUGCUCGAUGCCUUGAGGAUGAACAGAUGCUCCAGGCCAUCAGAAAAGCCAAUCCAGGAAGUGAUUUCAUAUAUGUUGUUGACACCCGGCCCAAACUCAACGCAAUGGCAAACAGAGCAGCAGGGAAGGGAUAUGAAAAUGAAGACAACUACUCCAACAUCAAGUUUCAAUUCAUAGGCAUUGAGAACAUCCAUGUUAUGAGAAAUAGUCUGCAGAAAAUGCUUGAAGUUUGUGAGCUGAAAUCACCUUCAAUGAGCGACUUUCUGUGGGGCCUAGAAAAUUCGGGCUGGCUGAAGCACAUCAAAGCCAUUAUGGACGCUGGCAUUUUUAUUGCGAAGGCUGUGGCUGAGGAAGGUGUGAGUGUGCUUGUUCACUGCUCUGAUGGCUGGGAUAGGACAGCCCAGGUUUGCUCUGUAGCAAGCCUUCUAUUGGAUCCAUAUUACAGAACUAUGAAGGGAUUCAUGGUUUUAAUUGAAAAAGACUGGGUUUCCUUUGGCCACAAAUUUAACCACAGGUACGGCAAUUUAGAUGGAGAUCCAAAGGAGAUAUCACCUGUUAUUGACCAGUUCAUUGAAUGUGUUUGGCAGUUAAUGGAACAGUUUCCUUGUGCCUUUGAAUUCAAUGAAAGAUUCCUCAUCCACAUACAGCAUCACAUCUAUUCUUGCCAGUUUGGGAAUUUCCUGUGUAACAGCCAGAAAGAAAGAAGAGAGCUUAAAAUCAAAGAACGAACGUAUUCAUUGUGGGCUCACUUGUGGAAAAAUCGUGCUGAUUACCUGAAUCCUUUAUACAGGUCAGACCACAGUCAAACCCAAGGGACCCUGCACCCACAGAUAGCUCCAUGCAACUUCUUGUACAAGUUCUGGAGUGGCAUGUACAACCGCUUUGAAAAGGGGCUGCAUCCUCGACAGUCAGUUACCGAUUAUCUGAUGGCAGUGAAGGAAGAAACUCAGCAGCUGGAAGAAGAGCUGGAAGUCUUACAAGAGAGAUUGGCAAAUCUUCAGAAAUCACAAUCAGGUAAUAAUAAAGUCAAGAGUAAGCAACAAGACCAAAACAAACCAUUUGGACUGUAUACUUCCAACAACAGCUUAGCUAACACUCCCCAGGAGUAUAGCAAUGAUCUGAAAUCAUUCCCAUCCCGGAGCCCUUCUCAAGGGGAUGAAGAUUCCGCUCUGAUUUUGACACAGGACAACCUGAAGAGCUCUGAUCCUGACCUCUCAGCCAACAGUGACCAGGAGUCUGGUGUGGAGGACUUAAGCUGUAGGUCCCCAAGUGGGGGUGGCUGCUUGCCUAGUGAAGACAGUGGCAAGGACUCUGAUGAAGCUGUAUUUCUGGCAGGCUGAAAUACCUGCAUGGCAGCAAGGAUCCAGAUGACGUAAAGUCUUACACAGUCUGGAAUGACAUCUUUUCAUCAGAUGAAGAAUGGAAGUGGACUGUGGCCUAAAGAAAUAAUCCAAAGAAAGGGAACUGUGCAAUUGUGUAAGUUAAGAUCCAAACAGAACAAGUUAUUACUAAUUUAAAGACAUUACACUAAAGAAAGGUAAUAUCUGCUGUUAUAUUUCAUUAAGCCAAUAUAGUGGUUGUUUUAUCAAUGCUGUACAUAAUUAUUCCUUACUUUGUACAUUUCCGUAGUUAUUUAUUGGACAGGAUAAUAGUUCUUUUCCUAAGAUAUGAAAU